AUGGGCGUUGAGAAGAAGACUCUGACUCCCGGCAACGGCACCGACUUCCCCAAGAAGGGCGCGAAGGUCACUAUCCACUACACGGGCUGUCUGUAUGAUGAGAGCAAGGCAGACACCCACUUCAUGGGUGAUGAAUUCGACAGCUCCUUCCGCGGUCCCCUCGAGACCAUCAUCGGAGUCGGCCGAGUCAUUAAAGGUUGGGACGAGGGUGUGCCUAUGAUGAGCCUCGGCGAAAAGGCUAUUCUGUCGAUCAGUAGUGACUAUGCCUACGGUCCUAGGGGCGUUCCUGGUCUGGUGCCCCCGAACUCGCCUCUGGUCUUCGAGGUCGAGCUCCUCCAAAUACAUCUCACACCAGACAGCGGCUCAGACCUCAAAAUACUCGGGGCUGUUGGGGAUUUUCCCGUCGCUAUAUGUGGCAUGGCUGUUCGCCUUCCUGGUGGAUUGGCAAGUCCGCAGGAUUUCUGGGAUUUUCUCAUAACUAAAGGUGAUGCUCGAGGCCGCGUUCCAAAGUCUCGCUACAACAUCGAUGCAUACCACUCCACUUCCGGGCGUCCAGGAACCAUUGCAGCCGAGUAUGGCUACUUCCUAGACGAGAGUGUCAAAUUGGAUAGGUUUGAUACUUCCCGUUUCUCCUUUAGCCGGGCUGAACUUGAGUUUACCGGCCCUGAACAGCGUUUACUGCUGGAAGUUGUUCGAGAAGCCCUCGAUGAUGCUGGUGAGGUAGACUUCAAAAAAAUCCAGGGUAGCGUGACAGGAUGCUACAUAGGAAGCUAUGGCGAAGACUGGCUUAUAAUGCAAAACCGAGAUCUCCAGCAGACUGGAGUAAACCGCUACGGCGACUUCAUGCUCUCCAGCCGCGUAUCCUAUGAGAUGGAUCUCAGAGGACCAACUAUGACGAUCCGCACUGCUUGUUCUUCAGCACUCGUUUGUUUGCAUGAGGCUGUCUCCGCCAUCCAACGCGGUGAUUGUCAAGCAGCAGUCGUCGGAGGCGCGAACUUGAUCAUGGCCCCCGGAAUGACAGCAGCUAUGACUGAAAAGGGGGUCUUAUCGCCAGAUGGCUCCUGCAAGACAUUCUCCUCUGAUGCUAAUGGAUACGCACGAGGCGAAGCUGUCUCUGCUGUAUAUAUCAAGCCGCUUGAUGCUGCUCUUCGGGAUGGAAACCCGAUCCGUGCGGUCAUAAGAUCUACAGCGACAAAUGGUGAUGGUAGAACGCAAGGCAUUGAUCAGCCCAGCACAGAAAGCCAAGAGGCUCUGAUUAGAAAAGCCUAUGAGAAGGCCGGGAUCGCCGACUUUUCCAAGACUGCUUUCGUCGAGUGCCAUGGCACUGGCACUUCUGUCGGUGAUCCAAUUGAAGUAAAUGCUGUUGCACGCGUGUUCGGAGACUCUGGUGUUCACAUCGGAUCGGUCAAGCCAAACCUUGGACAUUCCGAAGGCGCAUCAGGUCUCACAGCCCUCAUCAAGGCCACGUUGACUCUUGAAAAUCAAAGGAUUCCACCGAACAUCAAAUUCUCUGGUCCGAAUCCAAAAAUCCCAUUCAAAGAACGGAAGCUCAUUGUUCCCCUGGAGCCGACUUCAUGGCCCGACAACUGUCACGAACGAGUCAGUAUCAAUUCCUUUGGCAUCGGAGGUUCCAACGCGCAUGUCAUCCUUGAUUCGGCACGCAGCUUUAAUAUUCAUAAAAGAAAAACCGAGAUAGCCGAUGAACAUGAUCCCACCAAGUCACACUUGCUCUUACUGUCUGCCAAUUCUCAAGCAUCACUCAAGGCUAUGACUGAAAGCUUCCGGGACUGGGUUGGCCGUAACCCGGACAAACUUGAAGAUCUUGCUUAUACCCUCGCCCACCGAAGAGACCUUCUACUCCAUCGAUCCUACUUCGUUGCCAGCGCUGAUCGGCCAUUCGGUGCUGUUGGCCAGGGUCAGAAGGCACCAACCACCCCUCCGAACUUGGUCAUGGUGUUUACAGGGCAGGGUGCACAAUGGCCACGAAUGGGUCGGCAAUUGCUUCUUCGCUCCGACCUAUGCUUCCAAAGCAGCAUUCGGGUUCUUGAUGGAAUACUACGCAAAGCCAUUGAUCCCCCUGAUUGGACUUUAGAGGAGGAACUUCUCAGACCUGCAAGAACCUCCAAAGUCCAAUCUGCCGAGCUGUCGCAACCGCUUUGCACGGCUGUUCAGAUCGCAUUGGUUGACCUCUUGGCAGCUGUUGGUGUCAAACCCGCUGCGGUUGUCGGCCACAGUAGCGGUGAAAUUGCUGCAGCUUAUGCCUCUGGGGCACUCACUGCCAAGGAAGCAAUCAUAUCUGCAUGGCAGAGAGGACUGGCGGCCAAGAAUCAGACAAAAUCUGGCGCCAUGGUUGCUAUUGGAAUGGGCUGGGAUGAAGUGAGCAGCUUCUUAAACCCUCCCAACGUCGUGGUUGCAUGCGAGAAUUCCCCUAGAAGUGUUACAUUGUCGGGAGAUUCUGAUGAAGUGCAAUCCACCAUCUCCCGCAUCAAGGAAGCUCAUCCAGAUGUGACAGCCAAGCUGCUCAAGGUCGAAAAGGCUUAUCACUCAUACCAUAUGCAGGAUGUUGGGCCCGAGUACAGCGCAGCCUUGCGCCGUGAUGUCGAAGGCAAGCCGCCAUCAGUUCCAUUCUUCUCCUCUGUCACAGGUGCAGGGAAGCCGGAAGAAGUUGCUUUAGACGCAAAGUACUGGCAGAGAAACCUUGAGUCACCGGUGCUCUUUAAGACAGCAGUCACAGCAGUCCUGGAUCGGAUUGAAAAUGUUGCCUUUUUGGAGGUUGGGCCACAUGCCACGCUGGCAGGCCCUGUGAGACAGAUCAUGACUCAGGCUUCGAAGUCAGCACCUUACUUUGGUACGAUGGAGCGAGGUGCGGACUGUGUUGAGUCCUUUUUGGUCGCUCUCGGGAAAUUGUUUGAGCUCAAUGUCUCGGUCGACUUCAAAAACCUCAUUACCACGGGAACCUGUCUCCCUGAUCUGCCGCGAUAUCCCUGGGAUCACAAAUCCAGCUACUGGAGCGAAUCAAGGAUUUCUCAAGAAUGGAGAGAUCGUGCGUUUCCAGCUCAUCCCCUUUUGGGCAUUCGUCAGUUGGAGAGUACCAGCCUCGAGCCCAGUUUCCGAAAUAUGUUGCUAAUCGAAAACGCCAGUUGGCUCCGAGACCACAAGAUUGAGGACAAUGUUAUUUUCCCCUGUGCCGGCUAUGUUUCGAUGAUUGGUGAAGGAAUUCGACAGAUUAGCGGAGCACAGGAUUGUUUCACCUUGCGAAAUGUCGUCCUGAGUUCAGCCCUCGUGUUGUCGGAAGAUGCGCCGACUGAACUCGUCACUACUUUCCGUCCAGUCCGCCUCACCGACUCUCUUAACAGUCAGUGGUGGGACUUCACGAUCGCAUCUCACAACGGCAAUAUCUGGAUGAAACAUUGGACAGGGCAAGUCGCAGCUGAGAAGGUCGAGCUCGGACGAAAGCCAAGCGAAGAUCUUCUGCCGAGGAAAGUACAACGUCGGAAGUAUUAUGACGUCCUUUCUCGUGCAGGGAUCAGAUACGGUCCCCACUGCCAACGUCUUCAUGACAUUCGGACGGGUACAGUGGAAGAUCGCGCGGCUGCUCGCGUGUCGAGCGAUGUCUGCGGAGAUGAAGAGAAUUAUCACAUCCACCCGACAAUCAUUGACGCUUGCAUUCAAUCGGGUCUUCUUGCUGCCGCGAAGGGUCGCCCCGAGACAAAACAUUACCGUCGCAUCCCCACAAGGAUCGAUAGAGUGACUGUGCAUCGCUGCACCGCAGAUGCCGAUAUCAGUGUCGCCGCAUCCGCUGUCUUCGUCAAUGAAGAUAGCGAUGUUAUUAGCCGGGUACAAUGCAUAACAAAUGGAAAUAUAGUGCUGGACAUGGAAGGCACAAAGCUCUCGCCCUUGGAGGAUGCAGAGGAGCCAGAGACCGACAAGCCAAUGACAUCGGCACGUCUCACCUGGGGACCACACAUCGAUUUCUUGGACGUCAAGCGUCUCAUCAAGCCCGAAGUCCCUAGGCGUCUGUAUACUCCAACUCUUGACGAGAUUUCCCGCUUGUGUCUGGUGUACGCGGAACGACGCAUCGAGGGAGCUCAAACCAAACUUCCUCAUAUGGCCAAGUAUAUGGAUUGGAUCAGACGUCAGGUCCAGGGAUACGGAAACCAGUCGCCAAUGCUCGCCAUGGAUGAUCUUUCUAUCAAAGGGCAGAUAUCUAACUUGGUGCAAAAGCUGCGCGGGACACCAGUUGAGAACUGUGCUACUGCUGUCCAGAAAGUAGUCAACAAUAUCGAAGGACUAUUGUCUGGGGAGACGGAUGCUCUUGAAUUGUUGUUGGCCGACAAUACUCUGACAGAGCUAUACGUUGCCACGGACGCUGUGGACCGAUCCCAAUUUAUCCGCCAUUUGGCGCACACAAAACCCAAUCUUCGCAUACUCGAGAUUGGUGCUGGUACCGGCGCAUCCACUGCCAGCAUGCUGAAGCAUCUAGUCCUACCCACUGGUCAACCACUUUACUCGAAGUAUGCGUUCACCGAUAUCUCGUCCGCAUUCUUUGUCGCUGCGAAAGACCUCUUCAGAGACUAUCGGAACAUCGAGUACCGUGUUCUAGAUAUCAGCCAGGAUCCAGUCGAUCAAGGUUUCGAAGAAGACAAAUUUGACCUUGUAAUCGCAACCAAUGUCCUCCACGCCACAAGAAUUCUAAAUGAGACUUUGAAAAACGUGCGCCAAUUACUUGCGCCCGACGGCAGGCUACUUCUUCAUGAGCUUGACUCUCCCUCCAAAUGGCCUAAUUUCAUUUUUGGAACUCUGCCAGGCUGGUGGUAUGGUGGACCUGAUGGUCGCCCGGAUCAACCCUAUAUCACUCCGGCUCGAUGGGAGAAUGAGCUACGAGAUGCAGGCUUCAAUGGGCUGGAUGCGGUUGCCCUUGAUGCCGAGGAGGGUUAUCAACUGAACGCCAUCAUGGUUGCAAGUCCACGGGCUGAGCACAAGGCAGUCAACAAGACAGUCUCUAUUCUGUGUGACGAUUCCGGCACCCAUCUGAUUCGUUUUUCUAGAGCUAUGGAGGCCAGAGGCUUCACUGUUCAGCCGUAUAAAAUCGACCAGGAACUGCCAACAGGCCAAGAUAUUAUAUGUCUUCUCGAUGGCACGCAGCCCUUUUUCAAGGAUAUUGAAGAAUCACGCUUCGCAGCCUUCCAGCGAGUACUGAACAAUCUAGGACAGUCUGCACUGUUCUGGGUGACCCAGCCAUGUCAGAUUCAGUGCCGUGAUCCCAACUAUGCUCAGGUGAUCGGCGCCGCUCGUACGAUCCGUACUGAGAUGCUGUUAGACUUUGCCACGUGUGAAGUGGACCACUUCGGAUCGUCUUUGGAGAAAGUGGUUGAUAUAUUUUCAAAAUUCCAACUACGAGUGGAGACUGAGACGUUCAAGCCGGAGUACGAAUACGCUAUUUGUGAUGGUACCGUGAAUGUUGGUAGAAUAUAUCCCUUUUCCCUGACCAAUGAACUUUCAUCAGAUGCCGUUCUGGGUGAGCGAAUUGGACUUGAUGUGAGCAAGCCCGGACGUCUCAGCACCAUGAAAUGGGCUCCUCGGGAGAAAAGGAUACUCGACGGUGAUGACGUGGAGGUACAGCUUUACGCAGCUGGCCUGAACUUUAAGGAUAUCCUAGAAUCAUUAGCAGUCGUCCCUUAUCCUCAGGAUGGCUUGGGUAUGGAGUCCAGUGGAAUUGUGUCCCGUGUCGGUCCUGAGGUGACCGACCUUCGAGUGGGCGACCGGGUUAUGCUCUUAGGCGACGGCUCUUUUGGUUCACAUGUCGUCACCCCUGAGAGACUCUGUGCCAGAAUACCGAUCAGUCUCGAUUUUGAAGAUGCUGCAAGUAUCCCAGCGGUCUUUGCAACCGCUAUCUGCUCGCUAUUCCAUAUUGGAAAGUUGCAAAAGGGACAGUCUGUGUUGAUUCAUAGCGCGUGUGGUGGUGUCGGCCUGGCUGCCAUUCAGCUUGCCCGCAUGGUGGGAGCUGAAAUUUAUGCAACUGUUGGCAAUGAAGACAAGAUUCAACAUCUCGAGGAAACCUUUGACCUUCCGAGAAAUCGCAUUUUCCAUUCAAGAGACACCAGUUUCGUGAAAGGAAUAAUGCGUGAGACCAAUCAACAAGGCGUGGAUCUCGCACUUAACUCUCUCUCUGGAGAACUCCUUCAUGCCACUUGGGGCUGUGUCGCCGAAUUUGGCACCCUGGUUGAGAUUGGAAAGCGUGACUUCCUCGGUGCCGGUAAACUUGAUAUGAGCACUUUCUUAGGAAGCCGGACAUACGCUUGCUUUUAUCUCGACGCACUCAUGGCUAGGAAGAAAUCGAAAGUCAAGGAGCUUCUUCGUGAAGUCGUGUGGUACUUGCAGAGUGGGCAAAUCGCUCCGAUUCGCCCGAAGAAGGUUUUUGAUGCUGUGCAAAUCGAAGACGCAAUCCGGUAUAUGCAAUCAGGCCAGCACCUCGGCAAAAUCGUGGUCUCAAUCAGGAACACAGAUGGCGAUCUGAAGCUUGACACUGCAUCCGUCAAGGCGAUAAAAACCCUGGACCUCGACAAGGGCGCAUCUUAUCUUCUCGUUGGUGGUCUUGGUGGCCUUGGUCGAGCCGUUGCAAGGCAUUUGGUUGAGCGCAAUGCACUCCGUAUCGUGUUUCUCUCGAGAAGCGCUGGCAAAGGGCCAGAGGACGCUGACACCAUCACAGAGCUUGAGAGUAUGGGCUGUGAAGUCGUUCUUGUUCAAGGAAGUGUUCUUCGAUACGAGGACGUGAGGAGCGCUUUGGAGCAAGCCCCAAAUCUGAAGGGAAUAAUCCAAUGCUCUAUGGUUCUUCGUGACCAGAACUUCGGCCGUAUGAGCAUAGACGAGUGGAGAACGGCAGUGGCCCCAAAGGUCCAAGGAACUUGGAAUCUCCACAACGCUGCAAUUGCCGCCGGUAUCCAAUUGGACUUCUUUAUCAUGUUCUCAUCGAUGUCUGGUGUCACCGGGCAAGCUGGCCAGGCAAAUUACGCAGGAGCAAACACUUUCUUGGAUUCCUUUGUUCAAUACAGAAGAAGCCUAGGUCUCGCGGCCUCUUCUCUGGAUAUUGGGGCUGUCCAGGACUUUGGCUACGUUUCGCAGGAUGAUGCCCUUCUGAAGAGAAUGAAGCUUGCAAGUGCGCAUGGAGUUACAGAACCCGAAUUGAUGGAGGCCGUCAGUGCAGCCGCUCUAUUCCCGGCGAAGUCUCCCAUCGACUGCGAUACCCUGGCUGAGCCAUUUGCUGAUAGACAUACCAUCGUUCUGGGCUUAUCGACAGCAAUUCCUCUGAGCAGCUCGAAAAGCCGUGCGUUCUGGAGGAAGGACGUGAGAAUGGCUGCCUACCAUAACUCGUCUAAGACUGGGGCAAGCACUUCUGGCUCAAACAGUGACAAUCUCAAAUCCUUCCUUGCCCAAGCUAAGGAAGAUACUAGUAUUCUCAGUACUGAGGAGUCCGCGAACUUCUUAGCCCAAGAGAUUGGCAAGAAGCUGUUCGUCUUCCUUCUGAAGUCUCCGGAGGACCUGAAUACUUCUGUCUCACUCUCCCAGCUGGGAAUAGAUUCACUGGUUGGUGUCGAGAUACGCGGCUGGUGGAGGCAGACGUUUGGGUUUGAUAUCAGCGUACUUGAGUUGCUGGGUCUGGGCAAUCUAGAUGGACUGGGAAGACAUGCCGCGGAAGGCGUGAGGAAGCUACUGGCUGAAGAACAUCCUUAG